AUGGGUCUUGCAGAUCUUGGUGCCAUCAAUGGAUUGGCUAACAAUAAUGCAUUGCGUGCUAUUAAUAUCAAUCAGUUUAGAGGUGGAGCUCUUCAAAUAAGAAAUACUGUUCCAGCCAAUAAUAAUGCAAUCGCCAUAUCAUUAGUGCUGACACAUACUGUUUUCAAUGAAGACUGGUUGAUAUCUAGUGAACAACCAACAGAUCUAAUCCCAAAUGCUCCCAAUGCUAAUACAGGAGGUAAUACUAUAGCUCCAGGAAUUCGCAUCAGACAG